AUGCGAAAGUCUUUCAAGGAUUCUCUUAAGGCACUUGAAGCUGAUAUUCAGUUUGCCAAUACUCUGGCUUCUAAUUAUCGAAGGGAAUAUGAUGGUGGCUGCCUCCAAAUGAGGUUAUCCUACAGUCCAGCUGCUCAAUUCUUUCUGUUUCUUAUUCAGUGGACCGAUUGUCACCUUGCUGGAGCCUUGGGAUUGCUUAGAAUUUUUAUAUACAAGGCGUACGAGGAUGGGAAGACCACCAUGUCUAUUCAUGAAAGAAAGGCUAGUCUAAAGGAGUUCUACAGUGUGAUAUUUCCUUCAUUGUUGCAACUUCAAAGACGAUUGACCGAUGUAGAAGAGAGAAAACAGAAAGAAAUUUUUUCCACUAAGUAUAAGAGAAAAGAUGAGAUGGACAAAGGAAAGCUCUCUGAAAUUGAUUCCGAGCGAGAAGAAGAAUGUGGUAUUUGCAUGGAGAUGAACAGCAAGGUCGUAUUGCCCAAUUGCAGUCAUUCUAUGUGUAUGAAGUGCUACCGGGACUGGCGUACGCGGUCGCAGUCGUGCCCCUUCUGCCGGGACAGCCUCAAAAGAGUUAACUCAUGUGACCUUUGGAUCUACACCAGCAACAAUGAGAUUGUUGACCUGUCUGCAAUCUCUAGGCAGAACUUGAAGAGACUUUUUAUGUACAUUGAUAAGCUGCCUCUCAUUGUUCCAAAUCCUGCAUUUGUUUCCUAUGACCCUCAUCGAUGA